AUGUUGGCAAAGAGAAAACAAGGACGCUAUGAGAACCCAAGGGAUUACCUAGAUGCCCUUGUCAACAUUUAUCAGCGGGACCGCUACCCCCAGGAUUAUGAGCAGAACCUGCAGACUGCUUUCAUCGAGAACCUGCAUGAUGAUAUUAAAUAUGUUGUCAUAGGGAUAGCUGAAGGAUCAGCUAUGCCGCUCCCUCGAGUAGUGGACAUCGCAGAGCGCGUAUGGCAGAGCCUUGGCCAUAGGAAAACAGCAGCACCAAAGCAACCAGAGGUGUUCGCUGUUAAUGCGGCAACAGCACGGCCAGCCAGACAGCAACCUGCCCGCCGCACCAAGGCAGCUGACAAGCCUCAAAGCCUACCUUACACAGAGGAAUGGACUCAGCCUGCCAAGGACCACUACAGAAAACCCCGCUCACCACAGCGGCAGCGUCUGCACAACCACAACUGUCACCCUCAACCAGAGAUGAAAUCUCUCAGUGACAGACUGACAGCCGUAGAGGCACUACUGAGAGCUAAACAGCAUCCUGUGGUCUCAACGCCACCACCUGCUAAGUCUUCUGGGAAAAAGAAGUCACCCAAGAAAAAGACUCCAACAGGUGCUUCCAUCACAGCAUGCUUCAGCCAAGGAUGUCAAUCACCUCAGAAGCAGAAGAAGAGACUGUCUCUAAAGGAGGGACUGCUCAUCUGCCUGCAAACGUUCAAGAGACUGCCCGGUCACCUGCUCCAGCAAAGGAAUCUGUUGACCAGCAGCUCCACUGACAACUUGCUUGCCCUGGCAAGGGAGGACAGAGGGCUGACGGUGAUAGUAAAAUGGCUCUCUCACGGCAGGACAAAACGGGAGACAGGAUCGUCCUUACAGGACAAGUUCCCUGAGAGCGGAGAAAUCACGGUCACUGCCAAGGACCUGGACUUAGUGCUACAAGUGGAACGGAAUCGACAGCUCCUGAGUGCAGGCUUCACUGAGACUCACUAUAAGGAAGAUGGACAGCGGGUCACUCACACACCCAAUCUCACCGAUCACUGUUUCUACCAUGGCCAGGUCAGAGGACGUGCUGAUUCCUGGGUAGCCUUGAGCACUUGUUCCGGAACAAGGGGCCUGAUAGCUCUGAGCUCCAAUGACACGUUUUACCUUGAGCCAAUAGGAGGACAGGGGACUGUCCACCACUCCUUUCGGCGUACAGAGAGCCUGCCAAUCAGAGGAGGGACCUGCGGGCAUGGGCAUCAAACUAGACAUCCAAACCUGCUCUCUGGGCUCUUUAAACCUUUGCAUCAAAGGGUACGACGGAACGCCUGGGGCACAACCAAGUACAUGGAGCUUUACAUAGUUGCAGACAACACACUGUACAAAAGGCAAAACAAGGACCUACACAAAACUAAACUGAGGAUUAUGGAAAUAGCCAAUUAUGUUGACAAGUUCUACAGAGCACUGAAUAUUCGGGUUCCACUGAUUGGCCUGGAGGUGUGGACGGACCGGGACCAGUGUAUUGUCACCGAGGAGCCAAACGCCACGCUCUGGUCCUUCCUGCAGUGGAGACAAAAACUCAAGUCUCGCAAGAAACACGACAACGCUCAGCUUCUCACGGGUGUGAUCUUUAAGGGUACGACCAUUGGCAUGGCUCCUCUGGAGGGCAUGUGCAGUCAUGAGAACUCAGGCGGUAUCAAUGUGGACCACUCGGAGCUGCCGAUAGGGGCUGCGGCCACCAUGGCUCAUGAGAUCGGCCAUAACUUUGGCAUGAGCCAUGACCAUGAGGGCUGCUGUGUGGAGGCCACUGCUGAGCAGGGAGGCUGCGUGAUGGCCGCCGCUACUGGGCACCCGUUUCCAAAGGUUUUUAGCCGAUGCAGCAAAAGGGACCUGGAUAAUUACUUCCAGAAAGGAGGGGGUAUGUGUCUCUUCAACAUGCCCAAUAUGGAUGACCUAGUUGGGGGAAAGAGGUGUGGCAAUGGCUUCGUGGAGGAGGGAGAGGAGUGUGACUGUGGAGAGCCAGAGGAAUGUACCAAUGACUGCUGUAACGCUAACAACUGUACUCUGAAAGCAGAGGCUCAGUGUGCCCAUGGUGUUUGCUGUGAAGAAUGCAAGCUGAAGCAGGCAGGGACAAUGUGUAGAGGGGCAGCAGGGGCGUGUGACCUCCCCGAGUACUGCACAGGGGCGUCUCCGUACUGCCCUGCCAACGUCUACCUGCUGGACGGCUCCGCAUGCCAGUAUGGCACCGCCUACUGCUACAACGGCAUGUGUCUGACCCAUGAACAGCAAUGUCUGCAACUCUGGGGCUACGGUGCCCGUCCUGCACAUGACGCAUGUUUCCAGGACGUCAAUGCCGCGGGGAACGCUUUUGGGAACUGCGGCAAAGAUGAACAUGGCAACUACGUUAAGUGUGAGAAAAGCGAUGCCAAGUGUGGGAAGAUCCAGUGCCACAGUGCUGCCAAGAAGCCCAAAGGCACCAAUGCCGUGUCCAUCGACACCACUAUCCGCACGGACGGCAUGGAGGUCAAAUGUCGUGGCACGUACGUUUACACCACGCAGGACGGGCAGGGCGAUCUGCCGGACCCGGGCCUGGUCAUGACUGGCACCAAAUGUGGCGAGGGCAAGGUGUGCAAAGACAGGAAGUGCCAAAAUGCCUCCUUCACUCAGCUGGAGACUUGCAUCGCUCGUUGUCAUGGUCACGGGGUGUGUAACAGCAACGGGAACUGCCACUGUAACCGUGGAUGGGCCCCGCCCUUCUGUGAGAAACCGGGACUGGGGGGGAGCGUGGACAGUGGGCCCAUUCAGUAUGACAGUCAGGCAGGGCUGGUUGUGGGGCUCCUCUUUGCUUUUCUGGUUGUGCUUCCUGCCGUCCUCAUUGCUUUUUAUUGCUACAAAGUCAAGAGCUCCUACUACCACAGGUGGCUCUCACAGAGAGAGAAGACCAAGGCCAGCAGACACGAGAGCCCUGCCGAGAAGGCAAAGAAUGGACACUUGAAUCCGGCGUUCCAUCUGAAGAUGGUUGGACACUCCAACAAAAGCACAAACCUCAAAGGGCUUCCUCACACCAGCAAAGAGGUGCUUCCUCUUCGACCAAGUCCCACCCCAACUGGUAACCAGCCAGUUAACGUAGUCCGGCCCCUUCGUCCGGCCCCCUCCCCCCACCCUCCCCGGGACACCAAAGUACCUCGUCCUCCUCUACCAGUCAGCAAGCCUCCAUCGGUCCCUGUGAAAUCACAGUCUCCUCCACAUAAACUCAGCCCUCCCAAGAAACCGCUGCCCCUGAACCCUACUCGCCCCCCCAUGUUGGUGUCAGAUCUGCAGCCUCGCCAUUCACCCUCACCUCCUCAGAGGCCCCUCCCCGUGAGCCCCGCCCGAGGGGCGUCUCCCAAACCUUCCUCUGGUCUCCUGGUUAUGAUGCCCCCUGCAGUCAGCCCCAAGCCCGUCGGCAAGGUAACAGCGAUCGCCCCUUUAAAAGUCCUCAGCACCCUGGGCCUCUAUACCCAACCUGUAUCCCUUCACCCAACCUGUACCCCUUCACCCAACCUGGGCCUCUGUACCCAACCUGUAUCCCUUCACCCAACCUGUACCCCUUCACCCAACCUGUACCCCUUCACCCAACCAGGGCCUCAGUACCCAACCUGUAUCUCUUCACCCAACCUGUACCCCUUCACCCAACCAGGGCCUCUGUACCCAACCUGGUCCCCUUUACCCAACCUGUACCCCUUCACCCAACCUGGUCCCCUUUACCCAACCUGUAACCCUUUACCCAACCAGGGCCUGUGUACUGAACUGGCCAGGGCUUUUCAGCCAUGUGCAAUGUUCUGA